AUGAAGUAUCUUGAGUCAUGUGUGAAGACAAGGUACAUUCUCAGAGGUCAAUUGGCAAAAAUUGCACCGUUGGCAAAUGUCAAUAUCCGAGUCAACAUUCCGACUGAGAAAGGUUCUUCACAUGACGACUAUGUUGUUGACAAAGACUUACCAUGGUUGAAGAUUGUAAUUGUCCACAACCACUUCAUGUUGAACGAAAGUCUUACAAACCCAUUGUUCGGAAAAGGCAAGUGCAACAUUGUCAGAGCUGUAAACAUUCUUUUCGAGAAAGGUUUGUUGGAACCAAUUCCAGAUGACAAGCUGACAGAAACUUUUGUACCAAAAGACGAAACAAACUUUUCAUUGUUAGCAAGACCAAAAGUUGUUCCAGACAAAGUUCUAGCACAAAAGAAGUACACAGUUCCAAAAGGAGUUGGAUUGUUCGGAUACCAACCUGAACCAGAAGAACUUCCAAUGAGGUUGCAAGAACUUCAAGAUGCUAUAAACAAACUUCCAUUGAGACAUCCAAUUGACGUCAAAUUGUAUUGGAGAGCAUCUGAGUUAGGUCAGAAGGUUUUAUAUGAAACAGGUUGCUUCGACGAUGUUUAUGAGAUAACAGGAGAAGUUUCUCAGAAGAUAAGAGACUCACUUGAAUUUCCACGAACUGGACCCAUUGGUUGCGACAAGUUCGACUCAGAUGAAAAGAUAUACUAUGUCGACCUUAACGCUGCGUACAUGAGGUUCGUCCAAUAUAUCCCGACUGGAAUUCCAAACGAAGAUGGUGAGUUCCCAGGAAGGAACUAUACAGUUGGAAAAGUCAUACAACAACUGUAUGAUAUUAGGAAAGCUUCAAACCCCAAACUUGCAAUGACACUCAAAUUGCUUAUGAAUUCGACAUGGGGAUAUUCCAUUAAGAAACCUCAAGAGAUGAAGAGUAAACACUAUGAGAAGGUCGACAACUUUGUUGAAAGGUUUUCUCCUUUUGUUUUGA